GUCUCAUUUUGUUCCCCUCUGUCGUUAGGGAACCUCGUCUACAACGCGUGUUUUCAAGGGAUCCUUGCCUAAAGCAAGCCGCCCGGCUGAACAUUGAAGUCUGGGAUCUGCGACACGUGGCUGGCUUUCCCGUUUGGUUCUCAGCUGGAACGUCUGUCUAUCACCCCGUGAUUCGACCCACUGAUUAGAUUCUUCUUUUCCCCUUCUUUUCCCACCAUCAUCCCGAGACCGAGUUUCCAGACGACGGAGAACUCCCGUCCAGCCCUUGAAGGAAAGCCUUGUCGAGCUCAUUUCCGUCACAAUUCUCUGUUGAUAGAUUGCCUGUCCAUUGCUUGUGUCAUAUCUCGCCAAUUACUGUCACCGGCGGCAUGGCGGGCGAAACAAUAUCACCAUAUAGCUUUGACCAUGUGAUUCUACUGCUUGAUACGCCGGACUUCGAGAACCCGCCGUCGUGGUUGAGUGAGAAUUUUACCAUCAUUGAGGGUGGGACACACGCCGGUGGCUCCUCCCGGAACAAACUCAUCAUCUUCCCUGAUGGCACUUACAUCGAGCUAAUAAACUGGAUCACCGAACCCAAAGAGUUCUUCGACUGGGCGUCCAAAGCACCAGGACUGAUUGAUUUCGCCCUUACAACCCCCUCCUCUGCACACGACACCUUUGAUGAAGUUACGCGGCGCCUAGAGUCGAAACCGCCGCCUCCUUCUCAAUCUCAGUCCUCACCGACAGAGGAGCUCUCAGGAUCCAGUGCGACCGCCGGUGACGGUGGGCUGGGGGUACGUUUUAGACCUCCGCUCGCCGGCGGGCGCAAGCGAAGAGACGGCCAGGACGUCCAGUGGCACGUCACGAAACCGCUCCUGGACGAUUCCGCGGAGAACGUGCCCCGACCGCUGGAAAAGUACUUUCCGACAGGACGGCUCGACACGCCGUUCUUCUGCCACGACGUGACGGCUCGGACCCUGAGGGUGCCGUACACCGAGAAAGACAUCUCCGAGACGCAUCCCUGCGGGGCGCGGGGGAUUCUGUCGGUCGAGGUCCUCGUUCCCGAGGAGAAGAUUGACAGCUACAUACGCCUGUACGCCUCCGUCCUGGGCAUGAAGCCGAAAGUCCAGGGCGGGUACCGGUACAGUCCGACCACGAGCGUGAGCUUCUUGCUCAGCACACCCAACCCGGACGAGGAGGCCAUGAGGCGCUUGAGAGGCAGGGUCGGCGUGGUGAUCCGGGCGCCGAGGGACCAAGAGGACGAAGCGUGGUUGAAGGAGAGGGGCGUGGGGAUCAGAGAAGUGAGGCUGUUCGCCGAGGCAAAGGGCGAGGACGAGGUCGACGAGAUGGCGUUGGACAGCGAGGGGAUCGGCGCGAGUCUGGUGCUGGUGAAAGAGCCCGCGGGACUUUGGGAGGGCGGUAGCUAGUCGGGCAGCUUAGCACGGGAAGGUGAAGAACCGUGUACGUGUUUUGUUUGGGCGCCGUUAGUGUCGACCCUCGUGGGUUGGAUCGGGCGAGCAAGCAAGCAAGCAAGCCGCUGCACGUCCUUGCUCAGACACGCUACAGGGAGGGAGGCUGGCUGCCGCCCAGCAAUAGAAUCAAGAAGACAGAGGCGAUACAUGUCUACUUUGAUGGAGCCAUCCGAUUCAUUA